CGCAAGAAAGUCAAAUGCCCCGGAGAGCAUCCAAUAUGCUCCUUCUGUCAGCGUCUCGGGCAAAAGUGCGAGUACAGGUCUGUCGAAAUAGACCCCCAACAAGGGAUCGAGCUCCAAGUUAUUCAUGGGCGAAUGGAUUCUUUGGAAACAAAAGUAGAUCAAAUGAUGGAAACUCUCAGGCAAGUGGGAAUCAUGCAGAGGAAAAUGCGCUUAACUAACAUUCAUCACAGUGAUAUCCUACACGCCCAACUUCAAUCACCAACAGCUUCCUCCUCAUGUCUGAUAUCCAGAGCUGUUCAGAGUGAUUCUGCAAGUACAUCACAAGGUGUAAUGAUGCAAAAAGGACGUGAUUCUUUUCUGCAACCAUCUUCAGAAGAUAAUGAGCUAUUAAAAGCUGGCCAGUUGUACUGGACAUGGUGUCAUAACCAACCAAUUUGUCUUUUUCGAACCGAAAACUUUCUUGAUUCUCUUAGGCAUCGAGACGAAGAGCUCUGUCUUGCGAUUAAGAUGCUAGGCUAUCGAUCUCCACCGGGACAACUGACACCGGAAGAGAGAGAAGCUCUGACUACACUGUCUGACACGUGUCGGAAGCUAGUAACCGAUCGAAUUCACAGUGGCAAAAUAAGGCUGUCUACUCUACAGACCCUUUGUCUCCUUAGCAUUACCAGCUUUGCCGACGGACAAAUCACGCAAGCUGGUUUUGAUCUCGAGACAGCUCACUAUUUCGCUUGUGGAAUCCCUGUUGGCUCAUCCUUGGGUGACCCGGUUGAAUAUGCUCUAUGCAUUCAGAGCAUUUCGCUACUACAGAGCUUGCAAGGAUCUAUUCCUGAUAUUGUGGAAACCGGGAAUAGCCAGUUUCUAUUUCAAAAUAGGAGUCGACUGCUGGAGGUGAUCAAUCAUCGUGCCAAUAAGUUGAGAUUACUGCGAGAACCAAGCAUGGAGAGGGAUCUAAACAGUAGGUACGGUAUACUCACAUACAUGGCAAGGGCUGCCGAAGCCUGGCAUUUGACCAGAGCAUACGCGGCAAUGAGAGUUGGGCCGGAUAGCCUUCCACCAUGGCACCCUGAGUCUGAUUACGCGCUUAUCAACUUGAAGAACUUUGAGCUCGACUCUCAGUUUCCUCUCAAAUACCGAUUCGCUACUAAUGAUUUCGGGGGAACUUCCCCCGAGGUGCUGAAAGAGUGCAGAGAUUUUUGGGGGCCUUGGAUUUUCGUUCAGUUUAUCCAUGCUGCCAUUCCAACACUAUUGAAUCACCCCUUCUUGCUGUCUCUACGUCUAAAGAACUUCCGACACAAGAUACCUCAGACAUUCAUGUACCAAUCAUUCGACUUGAUUUCGAAACAUACAGCAUGGAUCAUCUGCUAUCUUGAUUUGGUGGAGAAACAGCAAUUUCAUAUCACUGAUCCUACCAUUGCUCACGCCGUCCUUAUAGUCGCAACAAUCCAUCUCCAGCACAGUUUCGUCGAGGAUAGUGUGCUUCGCACCAAAGCACAGCGCGGUUACGAUAAAUGCUUACGCUUUCUGGACCAAUAUGGAACCAAUUGGCCCUUGGUAUUUAAUAUGACCCAAAAUCUACGGAAAUUGCAGGGCAGUGUUUCUACCGUGCAGAUGAGUAACAAUGAGUCAGGGGGCACCAAUCCUUCGUGGUCCAUUGACGCCCAAUUACUCUGGGAUAUCCUAGUUCUCGAGAAGGCAGGCCGUGAUCAGACUUCCGAAGAUAGGACAAUGUACGAAGAUGUGGUCACUAUGCAUGUUGAACAUCAGGAACAGGACGUCGGAGAAGAUCUUUCAAUAGUAGGCUCGGCAGGUAUCUCUGGCCAUAAAGGAGCAUUACGGGACAUCUCAGCCUAUGCACCUCAGGAUAAAGACCCCUAUGAAACACUCAGAAGAUGCUCUGUAUCGGACAGAAGCGCAGAUGGGACGCAGGAAUUCACUGUUCUGGGGGAUUAUAUUCAUGAUACUCCAGACAAUACUACCAUGGACGAGAGUAGCUUUCUUUUACAAGCCGAGGACUUUGGUAGGGCGGUGAAAGACUGGAUAAACUUUGAUAUGACUGAUGUAGUC